CAGGCUCUUUGUCUAAGAAGGGGAGGUCGGUCCUGACAGGUUGAGAAAUGACCUUCGCUUGGCUAGCUUGCCUGCCCUUUAUGUUACCCUUUGUUUCUCCUGCAAGAAACAUUUCCCUCAAGUGCAAGCGAGAUACUGAGGAAUUCCUUUCUGAUCUGAAUUCACUGAAGCCCAAAGAAUACGCUCUGAGAAUGUAUGACUCGGUGGGGAAGCUGGGAAGCAGCGUUCUCAACGGCAACCUGGACCGGCUGGGGUCCCACAGCGAGUGCCUCUCCGCCCAGGGCCCCCGGGGGCGCUUCCGGGGCCAGUACUGCAAGCUGCACGUCCUGCAGGGUGCAGCAGACUAUAGUGUGGGGGUGUGUGUCCCUGAUUCUUGUGCCGAAGAGGAUGUGACCAUGAUGUCUCAGCUGGAUAUUCUAAGGUUCAGAAAUACUUCAUUCUUGGCACCGUCCCUCUCCCUCUUUACAAGAAACUUCUCGUCUUCCUCAUCUUUUGAAAGCGUGGCCAGAUGUGCUGCUGGCGUGUUGAGGCUGGACGCGCUUGCUUCUGUGUGUCUAUUUAUCACCUUGCUAGGCCUUGUCCUUCCUGUGGCUGGAACGGUUUACACGAUGGCCAGGGACUGGGGCUUGGACCUUAGGACAUCGUCUGCACAUGGGACACUUCCUACCGCUUGUGAGAGUCUUCCCUUAAGAAACAUGGAGAACAAUGAGCAAAAAAGCAGGAGCCCACGGAGCAACUGCCACGUUCAGCCCUCUCCACCAGGACCCCUGAGCAGAGGAAAACGGUUUCUAGGAGCUGUGGAUGGAGUUCUGCAGUGCUUUUCUUGGCAGAAGAACAUGCCAGCCAUGUGCACCUCAGAGCUGCCUGGAGGCACCUGCCGGACACUGAACGGAAUCCGUGUCCUGAGUCUCCUCUGGAUCAUCUCGGGACACACCAGCCAGAUGACCGCUUGGCUGUCUUUGGAUAAUGUGCUUGAAUGGAAAGCCAGAGUGCCUGAAAACCCACUGUACCUCUACUCUCGGAGCGGCCCAUUCUAUCUCGGGGUGGAUACAUUCUUCCUGAUCAGUGGUUGGCUAAGUGCAAGGUCAUUUCUAAAGAUGCACCAGAACACCAGCGCGGGAAUAAACCCUAAAGUCAUCCUCAGAUAUUUUCUCAAAAGGUUUACAAGGUUGCAGCUUCUCCACCUGUACUCGGUGUGCUUGCUGGUUGGACUCUUCUCGCUUGUUCCCUGGGGACCUGUCUGGGAAGUGCCGCAGUUCCACUGGGAUAACUGCCGGCGAGCCUGGUGGACGAAUCUGCUGCUGCUCAAUAACUUCGUGUCUGUUCACAAUGCCUGCAACGGCUGGACUUGGUACCUCGCCAGCGACUUCCAGUUCCACCUCAUGACGCCGCUGAUCUUCUUCGUCCAUGGAAAAAGUAAACGUGUCCUUGCUCUCCUCGGGGCCCUGCUGUUCCUGGCAUCUUUCACUGCCACUGCUCUGCUCACACUGGCUUAUAAACUUCCGGUGGCAUCUCCAUCAGCAGCCAGUGAAAAUGAGACUGUGCUGUAUUUCUCAGAGUAUUACACCAAGCCUUACUGUCGGUGCGGCCCGUUCCUUGUGGGCCUCUUCCUGAGCAUGUUCAUGCAUUCAGACUGCCCGACAAACAUUCUCAAAACUACGCUGCAGGCCAUGCUGGGCUGGACUUUCUCCCUUCUGAGCCUGCUUGUAGUCGUCGCCCUGGCAUAUAUGAUGGAUGAUACCUCUCCGACUUCUUCUGUGCCUGCUGCCAUCUACCAGGCCCUCCAUCGGACCCUGUGGGCCACGGCUGUGGGCUGGGUCAUCUUUGCCUGUCAGGAAGGCUAUGGAGGCCUGGUGAAGCGUGUGCUUUCUUGGGGCAUCUGGAGUCUCCCAGCUAGCAUCAGCUAUGCUUGCUACCUCGUACAUCCCAUUGUGAUCAUUCUCUACAACGGACUGCAGGAGACCCUCAUUCACUACACCGACACCAACAUGUUCUAUCUCUUCUCUGGACACUGUGUGCUGACCUUCUUCUGUGGGCUGGCACUGACGCUGUUCAUCGAGCGGCCUUGGCAGGAACUGAAGUGGGGCCUGUGGGGACCAGUGCCUGAUGGGCCAUAAGCAAUCCGACUGAAACCCAAGAGAACCAUGGGCCCGCUGGUGGUGGCAAACAGAGGAAGGGCCUCCUUUGGCAUGUGGU